GCUACCUGCUGGCGAGGUGCCGCCCUGCGCCUGGGCCCUCCCUUACCUAGGACUGUCCCGCCCAGGGGACCAGGGAGACGGAAACACUGCCGCCCAGGGCCAUGGAAGGAGGCCUCCACUGGGAACCCGAGCCCUGGGGGCCCCCAGGCUCAUCGCUGGCCUCUGUGCUGAAGGAGCUCCCAAGUGCUGCCACCAUUCGGUACCGUGGCCCUGGGGUGCUGCCCUGGGGGUCCCUGGAGGAGGAGGAGGAGAAAGAUGGAGGAAGGAGCAUUCAGGCCUUCGCCGGUGCUAGCCAAAUGGAGCAGGAAACCCACCCUUCCCGGGAGCUGCCCUGGCCCAUGCAGGCGAGGCGGGUGCAUAGGAAGAACCAGGCCGGGCAGCACGGGGCCUACAGCUCCCAAUCCAGGGUUGGCCACUGGGCCCGGCUACUGACCAGGGGCCAGGAGAAGAUGAAGGCAGGCCUGCGUGGCCUGCAGCCUUGGGCGUGGACUGUGAAGAGGAUCGGGGGCCAGUUUGGUGGUGGCACCAAGUCCUACUUCUCUCUGCUGCGCUUUCUGUUGCUUCUCAACGUCCUGGCGUCAGUGCUUGUGGCCUGCAUGGUGCUGCUGCCCACCUGGCUGCAGGGGACUCCCCCGGGCCCUCCCGGCCCCAAUGCCUCCUCGUCAUGCGGCUCUUACAGCCCCCACGCCUCAGGUCUGGCCAGCUUCGCCUCCCAGCUCUUCAACUUGCUCUCUGGAGAGGGUUACCUAGAAUGGUCCCCUCUCUUCUACGGCUUCUACCCUGCCCGCGGGUACCUAGGAGUCACCUACCUGUGCUCCGUCUUUGCCUCUGGCCUCCUCUGCCUCCUGCUCAUCCUGCGUCGCUCAGUGUCAGGACUGAAGCAGACGCUGCUGGCCGAGUCAGGGGCUCUGACCAGCUACAGCCACCGGGUGUUCUCCGCCUGGGACUUUGGCCUCAGUGGGGCUGUGCACGUGCGCCUGCGCCAGCGCAACAUCCUGUACGAGCUGCAGGUGGAGCUGGAGGAGGCAGAGGUUCGGCGAAGAGCCAAGGCUCGCACGCUGGGCCAGCAGGCCCGGGUGUGGCUGGUGCGGGGGCUGCUCAACCUGCUGGUGAUGGCGCUGCUGGGCGCGGCCUUCUACGGCGUCUACUGGGUCACGGAGGAAACCGGACGGCUGCAGGAGAAGCCCCUGGUCCAGCAGGCGCCGCUGCUGCAACUCGUAGUGAGCUACGUCCCGUCCAUCUUCCUCUCCACAGUCAACGUUGUGCUACCGCCUGUGUUUAACCUCAUUGGCCAGCUGGAGGGCUACACUCGGAGCCACCAGAUCGUCCUUAUCCUGAUCAGGACUGUGUUUCUGCGCCUCGCUUCCCUGCUGGUUCUGCUCUUCUCGCUCUGGUCUCAGAUCACCUGUGGGGGCAACGCCCAGGCCCCAGAGUGCAAAGACUGUGGCUACAACUACAAAGAGCUCCCGUGCUGGGAGACUCGCGUGGGCCAGGAGAUGUACAAACUCCUGCUCUUCGAUCUGCUGAUCAGUCUGGCCUUCGCACUCCUCUUCCAGUUUCCUCGAAAGAUAUUCUGUGGCCUCUGUCCAGGACCGCUGGGGCGCUGGGCCGGGACGCUGGAGUUCCAGGUCCCCGAUGAGGUGCUGGGGCUCAUCUACGCACAGACAGUGGUCUGGGUGGGCAGCUUUUUCUGCCCUUUACUACCUUUGCUCAACACAGCCAAGUUCGUGUUGCUUUUCUAUCUGAAGAAGCUCACUCUGUUUUCCACCUGUUCCCCGGCCGCCCGCACUUUCCGGGCCUCCAUGGCGAGCUUCUUCUUCCCCCUGAUCCUCCUCCUGGGACUCGUCCUCUCCGCUGUCCCUGUGCUCUACAGCAUCUUCCUAAUCCAACCUUCCAAGCUAUGUGGUCCAUUCCGGGGCAAGGAAUCCAUCUGGGCCCAGAUCCCCGAGUCCAUCAGGACGCUGCCUCGGACCGCCCAGAACUUCUUCUUCUUCCUGGGCUCCCAGGCUUUUGCAGUGCCACUUCUGUUAAUCUCCAGCAUCCUGAUGGCGUAUACCGUGGCUCUGGCCAAUUCCUACGGACGCCUCAUCUCCGAGCUCAGACGCCAGAUAGAGACGGAGGCGCGGAACAAAGUCUUCCUGGCUCAGCGUGCCGUGGCGCUGGGUUCGGAGAACAGGCCUCUGUGAGCAGUCGAAUCCGGAUGGCGUCCGGCCCUCAGCCUCACUGCCCCCGACCCUGGGAACCUUCAGUUAGGUUGCACAGAAAAUGACGACGCCCUCAAGUCCCUCUCUGUUGAGCCUUUUAUCAAUAAACAAGCCAAAGUUGCUGGGCCCUCUUGGGAAUCUCA